AUGGCCACAGCCUUUACCUCGAAGAUGAGCCAGGUCCUGAUGACUCCUGAGCCCCACUACAUCCCUGGCUACACUGGUUACUGUCCUCACUACAAGUUCAGUGUGGGGAAGACUUACGGGCAGCAGACGUUCCAGCUCCUGACCAGCCCAGAGGCCUCACACCACAGCCAGCUAGUGUUGCAGCCGACUCGCUGGUCCUGCCGAGACACUGAGCUCCAAGACCUGCCAGGGGAGCUGCGAGCCUGCUGGGGGGCAGGCACUCAGCCCCUGAGCUCCAUCGUCAUCCCCGGAUAUUCAGGAUUCAUCCCCAGAGCUCAGCACUUCUUUGCCAAGACCUACUCUGAGAUCUGCAAGGAGGCCAGGAGCGACUUUGCCAAGCAAAGGCUGAGAGCUGCCAGCAAGGCACAGGCCUGGCUGAAGACACAACUGUUGUCACAGGACCCUGCACAGGAGAGUGAUAUGAGACAGGCUGGGGAUUCCAUGGCUGAUCCCCCAGGGCCAGGUUGCCACCAGGGCCACCUAGCCACAGCAGCAGCGUUGGUAGCCUCUGCCCCAUAUGCGUGGCUGCAUGCCUUCCAGUCGCAGCGCUUUCCCUAUUCCAUGGAAGAUGAUGACCCCCAAAAACAUUUCAUCUCAGGCUUCACAGGCUUUGUGCCCCGUGCCCGGUUCCUAAUUGGGACAGGCUACCCAAUAACUGCCAACCGGGCUCUGCUUGAGUUUAGCCAGAUGGCCCGGAAGAAAGGUGGCAGGAAUGAGACCAAAGAAGGCAGCACCAUCCUCCCACUCCUGGGAAAGACCUAUCCAGUGGAAAUGGGCCUGCUACCUCACUACGCAGGCUAUGUCCCAGGUUACAAGUUCCAGUUUGGCCAUACUUACGGUCACCUUACUCACAACGCCCUUGGCCUAAACACCCUCAAGAAGCAGAUGCCAGACUAA